AUGAGGCGAAGAUAUUCAUACGAAGAAGUUCCACUGAUUGACGAAAAUGAUAAUAAUAACCAAGAAGUACGUUACAACUGGAAUUUAUUUAAGAGUGUGCCGAGAGAAACGGUAUCGACCUCUCUGGAGCAAUCAGAAUAUAUCAAUAUAUCCAUAAAAUGCCUAAAAGUAAUCACGGUCAUAUUUACUUUUAUAGUAGUAUUAGUAUCCGCAGUUUUUUCCAAAGGAUCCUUGCUGUUCAUGACAUCCCAAAUAAAACCGGGCAUAAAGAGACCAUAUUGCAAUAAAUAUUUAGAUACUCGAGAGGAAUACACUGUUAACCACCCAAUAGAAGAGCGAACUGUCUGGAUAUGGCUACUAAUAUUCUCGUACAUAAUUCCCGAAUUGGGAACAUUGAUAAGAUCCCUCAGAAUAAUCAGCUUCAAGACCUGGGAGUAUCCAAAAAAGUCAGAAUUCAUAAUAUUGGGAGUUACGGAAAUUUUACCAACCAUCGGGUCUUGUUUGCUGGCCUUUGUCGUGUUUCCAGAAAUGGAUGUCGUUAAAGCAGCUAUGUUAACUAACGGAGUCUGCUUGGUACCAGCUUUAGUAGUGCUGACGGUUCCUCCUUCGGCAAAAUAUCAUUACUUCCUAGAUCUUAUGGCCAUAAUAUAUCAAAUAUCAGCUAUGGUGGUGUGGCCCUUAGUAGAAGGCAAACUAGUCCUUUACGUCAUACCAGUCUCUCUCUUGUUCAUUUCUGUCGGUUGGUGGGAGAAUUUCACAUCGGAAAAAUCCCGAUUCGAAAUUAUCAGGAAGUUGGCGAAGAGUAAAAAGGAUUUCAAGAACGAUUUCUAUUACAUGUACGCCGUAAUUGUGCCGAUAAAAUGCUUGAUUUUCUUCGUUAUCGCGCUAACGAUCACCUGGAUAAGAGAAGGGGACGCGCAAUUUUUAUUUACCAAAUUUUGGGAUGCCUUCAGCGAUCACACUUACAACAUUACGCAGGUUGAACCGAUAGUGGGUUCCUUUAACACUUCAUAUACAGAUGCCAUAGCUUCCAUAGUACCUAUUAUAAAGGAAACAUCAUUUUGGACACCACUGGUCGUUUUCUUCAUUAACAUCUCCACGACUUACGUUUGCUACGCGUUCUGCAAAUUCGCUUGCAAAAUAAUGAUACAAACUGUUAGUUGCGCCAUACCUAUAAACCUGGCAGUACCCGCUUUAGUCACUGUGCUGGUUUCGAUUUGCGGAAAGUACCAUGAAGACGUUUGCUCCUACGCAGAUUCCAUUCCUGAGUACUUGUUUUUUAACGUGCCGCCCGUGGAGGAUCUGGAGAAUUUCUUUUGGAAAAACUUGAUUUGGGUGUUGUGGCUGCUUUCGCAAACGUGGAUCACUAAGCACAUUUGGGCCAACGAGCACGACAAACUGAUGGCGACUGAAAAUUUAUUUUUCAAGCCGAUGUUCGAUGCAUUCCUGAUAGAUCAAUCGAUAGCCAUGAACAGAAGGAGGCACCAAGUUAGUUUAAGAAAAUUGGUGGACAAACAUGAUCAUGAAAAUUUGGAGGUUGAUAGCGAUAAAAUUACAAGAAUAUACGCUUGCGGUACAAUGUGGCACGAGACUAAAGAAGAGAUGGUGGAGUUUUUAAAAUCGAUAUUGAGAAUGGACGAAGAUCAAUCUGCUCACAGGCUUGUUCGAGAAUAUUUGGAAUACAAUUUACCGGAUUAUUAUGAAUUUGAAACGCAUAUUUUCUUCGAUGACGCUUUUAUACGAAAAUCCGCACAGGAUAACGACCCGGAUGUGAACCAGUACGUUUUGGAUCUUGUCAAUUCAGUCAGCGAUGCAGCGAGUAAAGUUCACAAGGUAAACGUAAAAAUUAAGGCUCCUGUCCUUUAUUCGACACCCUAUGGCGGAAGAUUGGAAUGGACUCUUCCCGGCCGAACUAAAAUGAUCGCUCAUUUGAAAGACGCGGCCAAAAUACGCAGGAAAAAAAGAUGGUCUCAAGUUAUGUACAUGUACUAUCUGCUAGGCUACAGAAUUAUGGAUAACGAUAAAUACACUCCAGAAAAUAUUAAAAAUUUGUGUAAGAACACCUACAUACUCGCUUUGGACGGUGACAUAGACUUUCAACCUCAAUCCGUUCAACUUCUGGUGGAUUACAUGAAGAAAAAUCCAGCUUUGGGAGCCGCUUGUGGUCGAAUCCAUCCUGUAGGAUCCGGUGCUAUGGCUUGGUAUCAAAUUUUCGAAUACGCAGUAGGGCACUGGCUUCAGAAGGCCACCGAGCACGUAAUAGGCUGCGUACUUUGCAGUCCAGGUUGUUUUUCGUUAUUCAGAGCGGGAGCUCUGAUGGAUGAAAACGUCAUGGCCAAAUACACAACGGAAUCUAGCGAAGCAAGGCAUUAUGUACAGUACGAUCAAGGAGAGGAUCGUUGGCUAUGCACGUUGUUAUUGCAAAGAGGGUACCGCGUAGAAUAUUCGGCGGCUUCAGAUGCUUACACUCAUUGCCCAGAAGGUUUCAACGAGUUUUAUAACCAAAGACGACGGUGGAUGCCAUCAACUACUGCGAACAUCAUGGAUUUACUAUUGGAUUAUAAGCAUAUCGUCAAGAUCAACAACAAUAUUUCUAGACUUUACAUUUUAUAUCAGGUAGUAUUGAUGAUAGGCACAGCCAUCGGGCCCGGAACAAUUUUCCUUAUGUUAGUUGGAGCUUUCGUGGCAGCUUUCAAAAUUUCGCAAUACUACAGCUUGCUAUUAAACAUUGUGCCAUUAUUAUUAUUUAUUAUCGUUUGCGCAACUUGCAAAUCUGAUACACAGCUCUUUUUCGCCGGAAUAAUAAGCGCCUUAUACGGUUUGAUAAUGAUGACGGUGUUCGUCGGUAUAAUGAUUCAAAUAGAAAGCGACGGUUGGCUGGCCCCCUCGUCUCUCUUCCUUUUAGCUACAGCAGGCGAAUUCAUAAUCAGUGCCUUAAUGCACCCCCAAGAAUUUUAUUGUUUAAAGUACGGAAUAAUCUACUACGUUACUGUACCCAGCAUGUACAUGCUGUUAGUCAUUUAUUCCGUGUUUAAUAUGAACAAUGUGUCGUGGGGCACUCGUGAAGUUACUGUGGCAAAACAGGACGAAGAAGAGAAAGAGGAGGAAGAGGAUGAUGUGAAAGAAGCAGCACCGCAACAAAACGGCCUAUUAUCAUUCCUAGGAAGUGAUAAUCACAAUACCGGAUCGAUGGAAUUCUCCUUCGGAGGACUCUUCAAAUUAAUGUGUUGUACAUUCGAUGGAAAAAGUCAAGAAAAAGAAAUACUGCGCAAUAUUCAAUUAUCCCUACAACAGCUGCAAAAAAAAUUAGACGACAUAGAAAAUAACGAUGUACCAGAAAGACGAAGAACUACCAAAAACACGGAACAUUUCGUUGGAAGGAGAGCAUCUCGAGCUUCUGCUAAGCCGACGAUGCAAAAGGUUUUGGAAUCAGAUGCGGGCAAUAACGAAGAUGAUGAUGAUGACUCCAUUUAUACUGCAUCCGAGGAACUGGAAGGUAACAAGUGGUACUACACAGGGGAGCUAAUAAACAGUCGUGUAGAUUUUAUUAAUAAAGAGGAAAAGAAAUUUUGGGAGAGAUUCAUAAUGAUGUACUUAGAACCAAAGGCGGAAACGAAAAGUCAAAAAACAAAACUAGCAAAAGAUUUAAAAGAUCUAAGGGAUAAAAUGGUGUUAACAUUUUUCAUGUUAAAUUCACUAUUCGUAUUGGUGAUUUUUCUACUCAACAUCCAACAAGACAUAAUUCAUCUUGAUUGGCCAAUCGCUCCGAAAGUAAAUUUCACCUACAUUCACGACGAAAACGAGAUUAUAAUACAAAAAACCUACCUCGAACUUCAACCGAUCGGAUUCGUUUUUCUGAUCGCCUUCGCCGGUCUAAUGUUCGUUCAAUUCAUAGCGAUGUUUAUCCAUCGUUUCGGAACUUUCAGUCAAAUCAUGUCCAACACGAUAAUAAAUUUCAACUUUCUCAGACGAGAUAAGGAUAAUAACACAAACGAAGAAAAACUUUUAGAGAGCAAUCCUGUUAAAAUAAUUAAAGAAAUGAUCAGAUUGCAAGGAAUUGACGAAGAUUACGAUGACGAAGAGGAUGUUCCAGUCGGUAGACGCAACACCACUUACUUUUAUGCCAUGAAGAGAGAAAAGAAAGCAAAACCUGUAAUUUACGAUUUGGAUCAAGCUUUCUACAAACGGUUGAGCCGCAUUGCCUCAGAAAAUUACAAAGGUUCAGAACAUAUUCCGAGAAAGAGUAUUGCUCUAAUAGAAAACAGAAGAAAAACGGUGAACAUUAGAAAAUCUCAACUUCCUUCAUUCAACAGAAAUAUCAGAACAAGCAGAGAAGAAUCCUUUACGGGGCUACAACUCGAAGGUGAUCCUAUAGAUUCCACAGAAAUAAAUGCUUAG